AUGACGAAAUUAUCGAAAUAUAAUGCUGAGGGGAACUUUCUACCUCAUCACGCAGUACUAAAGGAGACUAGCAUGACCACGAAACUCCGAGUCGGUUUCGAUGGUUCUGCUAAAACCUCCUCAGGUCUCUCACUGAACGAAACACUAAUGACUGGUCCAACUAUUCAAGAUGAUCUCUUUUCUCUCGUACUCAGAUUCCGAUUCCACAAAUAUGUAUUGACUGGAGACAUUGAGAAAAUGUAUCGACAAUUCUGGGUACGAGAGGAAGAUCGGAAAUAUCAACAAAUUUUAUGGCGAGAUGAGACCGGUGAAAUAGCUACGUUCCAAUUGAAUACUGUAACAUUCGGUUUAUCAGCAGCUCCAUUUCUAGCCAUUCGAAGUUUACAACAACUCGCACGAGAUUACGAAAAGCAGUAUCCACAAGCUGCUCGAAUUUUGUUGCGAGAUAUGUAUGUAGAUGACCUCCUGACCGGUUUCAACUCUUUGGUUGAAGCUCAGACAGUCCAGAGGCAAAUCAUUGAAUGCUUAAAACAAGGCGGUCUUAAUAUCCGUCUGUGGGCACCCAAUGAAAAAGAGCUGCUGAAACACCUUCCAACGGAGUCGAUUAAUCAGAAAUUAUUCAUUAAUGAUGACAAAACUCUGAAAACUCUAGGAAUCUUCUGGAAUUCAGAAACUGAUACUAUAAACUUUUUUCAUAAAAUAUCACCCGAAGAAAAACCAGUCACAAAGAGGGAAAUACUAUCAGACAUUGCAUCCAUCUUCGAUCCACUUGGCCUACUCGGCCCAGUCAUCCUGACCGCCAAACACGUAAUGCAACAGCUAUGGGCGGCUGGUAUAGACUGGGACGAAUCUAUACCUAAGAGCAUACACACUCAGUGGAUUGAAUAUUAUCAACAACUGCCUCUUCUGAAGAAUAUAGCCUUCAAACGUAACGUGCUGAUAAAUGAUGCGAGCGAAUUGCAAAUACACGGAUUCGCGGAUGCCAGCACAAUUGCCUACGGUGCCUGUCUAUACAUUCGUUCAGCCAACAAACAUGGAGAGAUAGAAACACAGCUACUCUGUUGGAGAUCACGUGUAGCUCCUCUAAAAACGAUGAGUAUACCAAGACUUGACCUUUGUGCAGCUCAAACACUCGUAGAAUUAUGCAAUUCAGUGCAAGGGGCCAUCAAGAAAGAAAUCUCCAGAACAAUUUUAUGGUCAGACUCAACGAUCACCCUACAUUGGAUAAAUAAAUCUCCCCAUCUAUUGAAGACCUUCGUUGCAAAUCGAGUAACCGACAUCCAACAAGGGUCAAAACAUUGUGAAUGGAGACAUAUUGGGUCAGCUGACAAUCCAGCCGAUGCACUCUACAGAGGGCAACUACCUGCUGAUUUCACCAGCAACGAGCUGUGGCAGGUAGGGCCCACGUGGUUGAAGAAUCCAGAAGAGGAAUGGCCUAAGGAUCCCGAAAUAUUUACAGCAAACGACGCAGAACUUAAGACUUGUUUGAAGGCAAUCAUCGAUGACAGUAUAUUCAAGAGAUUCUCAUGCAUUUACAAGGCGGAAAGAAUCAUUUCUUAUUGUUUACGUUUCAUACAAAAACGUCUGAAACGAGUGCGAGCCUUCAAGGGACCGAUUUCAGUCGAAGAAAGGAACGAGGCCAGAUUGAGGAUGAGAAAAAUAGCACAAAUGCAAUCUCUCCCCGACGACCUGAAGAAAAUCAAAACUCCAAAUGAAAACUCUCAACAAAAAAACUUGUCUCAGCUCAAUGCAUUCAUCGAUGAUAAGGGAAUAUGGAGAAGAAUGCCACCUGUCACAUCUCCAUGCAGGAAUACAGACUACAUUAUAUGCUAUACGACAACGGUACUGGCCAUUAGGAGGAAGGAUUCAAACAAGAAAGAUAGUGAGAGCCUGCGUGAGAUGCAGUAA